AUGCGUUUUGUACGAGAGGAUGAAAGUACGAAAAAAGAAUUAAUGGAACGAAGUGAAUUAAACAGUCUUCUUCAACAACGCCGAAAGCAAUGGCGGCAGCGCAAUUGGGCAAGUACAACCCUUCCACCAUGGCGUACAGGAUGUUGGCGGUUAGAAUAUUUAAAAACGAAAAAUGAAAAACUUAAACUUUUAACUUAUAAUUGUUUAUUCCAUUUCACGUCAAUAAUUUUAAUUUUAAACUAA